UCAGAGGAACUUCCCUUCCAGGAAUCCGGAAGUGGAGCUGCAGAGCAACUAGCAGCCAUUUUGUGACCGACUGCCCUUGAGGAGGAGUGAAAAAGUCCAGGCCAAGAGAGAAGACUUCAACACCUGUGCAGGCACAGGGGCUCAGGUGAGGCUUCUGUCCUUCACUCUGGAAAAUCCUGUCUACUUCAUCUCUGCCUCUGAUCUGAUAUUGGAGCUUUUCAAGAACGGCCAUGGCCUCGGCCACAGCUUUCAAGAAAAUGAGGGUGGAAGCCUCGUGCUCCAUCUGCUUGGAGCUGAUGACAGAGCCCGUGAGCAUCAACUGUGGACACAGCUUCUGCCGCCGUUGCAUAGAGGACAUCCUGGAGAACCCACAAGAGACGUCAUCCCUGAGGGAGCCCCAGUGUCCCCUGUGCCAGGCACCAUUUCAAAGGGAGAGUCUCCGAUCCAACAAGCAACUGAUAAACAUCAUUCAGACCAUCAAGGAGAUAGACAGUGAGAGGCUGUGUUUGGAACACGGGGAGCAGCUCCGCAUGUUCUGUGAGGACGAUGGGCAGCUCAUCUGCUUGCUCUGUGAGCACUCCCCCCAGCACAGAGGACACCGCAUGGCUCUAGUGGAGGACGUGUAUCCAGGCUACAAGGAAAAGCUCCAGGAGAUUGUGACAAAACUGAAAGCAGCGCAAGACCGCUGUAAGAGAUUGAAGUUGGACAAGAAAGAUGAAAUAACACAAUGGGAGGAGAACAUAGAGCUUCGGAGACAAGAAAUCAAAUCUGAGUUUAGGAAUCUCCACAACUUCCUCGAUGAGGAGGAGAGGGCUUAUCUGUGGAGACUGGAAAAAGAGAAAGAGCGGCUGAUGGCGAGACUGCUGGAAGGUGAAGCCAGUCUGGUAAAAAAGACAUUUGAACUUGAGAGCCUCAUCCUGGAAUUAGAGAAGAAAUGUCAAAAAUCAGCCCAGAAUUUGCUGCAGGGUGUGAAAGACACAUUGAAAAGGCAUUCAGAUGUGAAGCUAGAAAUACCAGAGGUCCUCUCUCUGGACCCUCAAACUGUGUGCAAUGUUUCUGAGCUUUAUUGUGAUGUGAGGAAAAUGUUAAAACGCUACCAAGUCAGCGUGACUCUGGAUCCAGACACAGCUCAUCGUGAAUUAAUUCUGUCUGAGGAACGGAGACGUGUGACCCGUGGUAGCCCCCAGGAGAAGCAUUUCUGUUUGGGGGGAUUCUAUGUCUUCGCUUGUGUCCUGGGCUGUGAGGGCUUCACCUCAGGAAGACAUUACUUUGAAGUGGAUGUGGGAGUAGGAUCUGGGUGGGACUUAGGAGUUUGUUGGAAAAAUGUGCAGAAGAUCUGGGACAUAAACCUAGAGCCUCAGUCUGGAUUCUGGGCCAUCAGACUUUGCCAUAAGAAAGGCUACAUGGCCCUUACCUCUCCCCCAACUUCUCUUAUAUUGAAGGAGCGGCCCCGGCUGGUGGGUGUUCUUCUGGACUAUGAGGCUGGACUUGUGUCCUUUUACAACAUGACCACUGGCUCCCACAUCUUCACCUUCCCAAGGGCCUCCUUCUCUGGUACUCUUCGGCCUUAUUUCCAGGUCAAUCAUUGUUCUUCUUUAUUCCUCCCUCCACCAUUGCAGUAAUUUUAAGAACAGUCUCUUUUGUUGAACCAUUAUAGAAAUAUAAUGUGAGUUCU